GGUAGCCGAAGUUGAAAACUGCAGUUGUAGUUAGCUCGUAAUUUGAAUUUCUAUUUUACUUUUGCUUUAUUUUAAAUAGCGCUAUCCUAUUCAAAUUGGCGUAGUUUUCAGUACAGGUGGAUCUGCUUCGGUAUAAACCACGAAUAUUACCUGGGGUAAAUUGAUGCACUCCAUUUUGGGGCAAAAUGAGGACCUAUAUACGAAAAACAAACCGAGGGAACAAUUCCAAAGAACAGAUCGAAACAGCAGUGGCGUUCGUUUUGAAAACUCAUCAGUCCCUUCGAAAUGCAGCGAAAAUUUACGGAAUCGACAAGUGCACGUUGAAGCGAUAUUUGGAUAAAGCAAAAGCAGCCAACUGUUCUACAUUUAAUCACGUUGGAUAUGCCAAAUCUAAACAAGUUUUCAACGAUGAGCAGAACGAAAAACUUGUGGCGUAUUUAAAUUUUUCUUCAAAAAUGUGCUUCCGGUUGACCCCAUUGGAUGUGCAGAGAUUCGCGUUCCAGUGCGCCAAACACUACAACCUCCGUAUCCCACCUUCAUGGAAAGAACGGAAAAUGGCAGGAAAAUAUUGGUUUGACAGCUUUUUGAAAAGGAAUCCGGAUUUGUCCCUCUGUUCACAGGACGCGAACAGUCUUGGCCAAUGCAUAGAUUUCAAUAGAGGAACUGUAGACAUGUUUUUUGAAAAACUAGCAUUACUCCGUGACAAGUACGGAUUUGAGGCACGUGAUAUUUGGAAUCUAGAUGAGACUGAAGUAACAACCGUACAAACGGACUGUCAAGUGAUCGACGAUAAAGCAAUGAAGCAAGCCGGUGGCUUAAAGAGCAAUGAACGAGAAACGCAUGUCACGGUGUGUUUAGCCGUUAAUGCAAUCGGUAAUUGUAUUCCUCCAAUGUUCAUCUUUCCUCGUAAGAAGUACUAUGAUCACUUUGUCAAAGAUGGUCCGCCAGGAUGCGUUGGGGCUAGCAACGAUUUCGGUUGUAUGACUGCGAAAGAGUUGUUUGAAUUUAUGAAACACUUCAUCCAAAAGGUUAAACCCACAAUGAAAAGGAAAGUUUUGUUACUUUUAGAUAAUCACGAGUCUCAUUUCGAUGCAGCAACUCUCACUCUUGCGAAGAAAAACGGUGUUAUAAUGUUAUCUUUUCCGCCACAUUUUUCAAGUGCAUUACAACCCCUUGAUAAGUCUAUCAUUGGCCCAUUCAACAAGUAUCUGCAAACUGCACAAAGGAAUUGGAUUGUCAGUAAUCCUGGAAAAAAGAUUGCAAUACAUGAUAUUCCAAAGCAAGUUGCAGAAGCGCUUCCGAAGGCCUUAUCACCUACAAAUAUCGUUGCUGGUUUUAGGGCUACAGGAAUAGAGCCAUUCAACAACAUCAUUUUGCCAGAUAAUGCAUAUCUGCCAGCUUUUGAGACAAAUGUACCUCCACCUGCUAUACCAUUUGAUGAAAGUUACCAAGUUGUUAAAUUAGAGGAGUACGUAGAAACAUUGCCAACGGAAAUUGAGUUUGUGGAUGCUCAUAACACCGAAGAGGAUGAAAUUGCGUUCCAAUGCAUGGAGCAGUCUAACACAUCGAUGAGCCACAAAGCGAAAGUUUUAAUUAAAAGAAAACGAAUUAAAAGUUCACAGCUACAUUAAACAUACAGCAGUUCUCACGAGGAAGCAUUCAUAAAUUACAUAACACAAGACUCCCCCUCCCCCAUGUAACAAAUUGUCACAAAAUUCCCUUCCCUAUUAGGUAACACAUUCUGUAAAAAUAUUACGUAACGUUCUAGCUAACUCUGCCUCCCAACUGUCACAAUUUGUCGUACCCUCUCCCAUCCCAAACGCGUUACGUAAUUUAUAAAUGGUACCCAAAUGCACAAAAUCAUUUUUAGAGAAUUUGCAGAUUUUUCAUAAUCUAGUUACAAUGAUCAUUAGAGAUGUCAGCACGCUUAAGGGAAGUUAAAAUGAAUGGCAAAUGAUCGUCGCUUCGUUUCGGAUUUUUAUUUCAUCAGUUCCAACGCAAACUGUUUGAUUAAUCUGUAGAUAAAAUUCUCUAAUAUUAAUAUGCUUCUUUGUGGGACUAUUCCCAUAGUAUGUACAUAGAAAAAUAAGGCACACUGUUUUAUUAGUCACUUGCGGGUUAAUUCUCACCUACUUCUCAUGUCUGCGUACGUGCUCCACCAAGUGGCAUGAGCGAUGAAACUUCCUAUCGCAGAUUUCGCAUUUGUACGACCGCUCUCUCGUAUGCGUUAACUUGUGCUCCUUCAAAUGUGCGUUGCGGAGGAAAUCUUUCCCGCAUAUAUCACACCGGAAUGGCCGUUCCCCGGUGUGAGCGCAACUGUGCCGCAUCAGAUCACUCUUUCGGUUGAAUUCCACAGUACAUAGAUCACAUUUGAAGCGUUUCUCGCUCUUAUGCAUAUACCCG